UAAACCCAAAAAGACAUACCGGACAGAGAGAGAGAGAAAGAGAGGAGCAAAAAGAACACAGGCAAUGGGCUCCUCUGUUUCACCUGUUUUCUUCUGUCUCCUCCUCCUCUGGAUCUCGACCGUCCCCUCGCCUUCGGAAGCUCAGUCCUCGCCGGUCUUCGCCUGCGACGUCUCCGGAAACCCAUCUCUCGCCGGAUUCGGAUUCUGCGACAAAUCGUUGGAGGUCAAUGAUCGUGUCGCCGAUCUGGUCGGGAGGCUGACUUUGCAGGAGAAAAUCGGGUUUCUGGUCAACAGAGCCAAUGGAGUGAGCCGUCUCGGUAUUCCGACAUACGAGUGGUGGUCGGAAGCCCUUCACGGCGUGUCGUACGUCGGACCGGGAACUCGAUUCUCCGGCCAAGUCCCCGGAGCCACGAGCUUCCCUCAGGUCAUACUGACGGCUGCUUCCUUCAACGUCACUCUGUUUCAGACCAUUGGCAAGGUUGUGUCGACGGAGGCGAGGGCAAUGUACAACGUGGGUCUGGCCGGACUGACGUACUGGUCACCGAACGUGAACAUUUUCCGAGACCCGAGAUGGGGAAGAGGGCAAGAGACACCGGGCGAGGACCCGUUGCUCUCGAGCAAAUACGCAGCGGCUUACGUCAAGGGUCUGCAGGAGAUUGAAGGCGGAAACCCUAAUAGUCUGAAAGUGGCAGCUUGUUGCAAACAUUAUACUGCCUACGAUUUGGAUAACUGGAAAGGAAUCGAACGUUACAGUUUCAAUGCCGUGGUGAACAAACAAGAUUUGGAUGAUACGUACCAACCGCCGUUCAAGAGCUGCGUGAUUGAUGGAAACGUGGCAAGUGUUAUGUGUUCUUACAACCAAGUUAAUGGUAUACCGACCUGUGCCGACCCCGACCUGCUCUCCGGAGUUGUCCGUGGCCAGUGGAAAUUAAACGGGUACAUUGUCUCGGAUUGUGAUUCAGUAGAUGUGUUGUACAAGAAUCAGCAUUACACCAAGACUCCAGAGGAAGCUGCAGCCAAAUCUAUCUUGGCAGGUCUAGACUUGAACUGCGGCUCGUUUCUGGCUCAGCACACAGGGGACGCUGUAAAGGCGGGGCUAGUGGAUGAGACCGCUAUUAACAGAGCCAUUUCGAACAAUUUUGCGACUCUGAUGCGUCUCGGAUUCUUUGACGGCGACCCGAAGAAACAGAUGUUUGGAGCGCUCGGUCCGAAGGAUGUUUGCACGGCCGAACACCAAGAACUAGCCGUAGAAGCCGCCAGACAAGGCAUUGUACUCCUAAAAAAUGCGGCUGGAUCGCUACCUCUAUCUCCCUCUGCGAUUAAAACGCUUGCUGUGAUUGGACCCAACGCAAACGUCACCAAAACCAUGAUCGGAAACUAUGAAGGCACACCAUGCAAGUACACAACUCCUUUACAAGGCUUAGCGGCCACUGUCUCGACGACAUAUCUCCCGGGCUGCUCGAACGUGGCUUGUGCGACGGCUCAGGUGGACGAAGCAGCCAAGUUGGCGGGCUCGGCAGAUGCGACGGUCCUUGUGAUGGGUGCGGAUCAGUCAAUCGAGGCCGAGAGCCGCGACCGACUCGACCUGAAUCUCCCCGGACAGCAGCGAGAACUAGUGACCCAAGUGGCUAAGUCCGCUAAAGGACCCGUCAUUCUCGUCAUCAUGUCCGGCGGCGGCUUCGACAUUACCUUCGCAAAGAACGACGAUAAAGUAACCAGCAUCUUAUGGGUCGGCUACCCUGGCGAAGCCGGUGGUGCCGCCAUUGCUGACGUCAUCUUCGGCCGCUACAAUCCUAGUGGGAGAUUACCGAUGACGUGGUAUCCACAAUCCUACGUGGAGAAAGUGCCAAUGACAAACAUGAACAUGCGACCCGACACAUCAAACGGGUAUCCGGGUCGGACCUACCGGUUCUACACGGGCGAGACCGUCUACGCCUUCGGAGACGGACUCAGCUUCAGCCAUUUCGCCCACCAACUGGUCAAAGCCCCACGACUCGUCUCUCUCCCUCUCGACCAAACCCACGUCUGCAGAUCCUCCGACUGCCAAUCGCUGGACGCGGUCGGACCCCACUGCUCAAACGCAGUCGCGGAUCCAAACGCGAACGCCAGUGGUUCGGCGGCGUUCGAGGUUCACAUGAAGGUGAAAAACUCCGGAGAAGCGGAGGGGACGCACACGGUGUUCCUGUUCACGACGCCGCCGCAGUCGUCGGUUAGGGGCUCGCCGAGGAAACAUCUGUUAGGGUUCGAGAAGGUUCGAUUGGGGAAGGAGGAGGAGAAAGUGGUGAGGUUUAGGAUUGAGGUCUGCAAGGAUCUGAGUCUGGUGGAUGAGUUCGGGACGAGGAAAGUUGUUUUGGGAGAACAUGUUCUUCAUGUCGGCAGCCUGAAACAUUCCUUGAGCGUUAGGGUUUGAUUCGUUCCUCUUUUUUUUUUUUUUCAAGUUACAUUGGUUUCUCCCAAGUGGUGAAAAAGGGGUUUAAGAGAAGGAAUAAGAAUUCGAUGGAAUUGUAAAAUUUCAAUUCGCAUU